CCUCUUUUUGCCCGUGUCUGCCAUUACUCCUGCUUUGCGUGCUGCUCAGCCUCUCUGCAACUGUAAGCUCCCAGGCUUUACCUUAUUGGAGAAGUCAAAUCCUUGUCAAAGAGAGCCUAAGGUUGGAAACAGUGACUGCAUGUUGAUGCUAAAAUUAAAAUCAUGAAACACGGCUCUGUUGAAGGCAGGAUCGGAGCUAAUAGCGUCAUUUAGAACGGCUUUCGGUGCAGCCACAAGCCAGCGAGCCACUUCCGAUCUUCGCCAUCCCUGCAGCGGACAGCAAGCACUCACAGUCACAGGUGUGCACUGCCGACCAACCACCAAGAAUUGAAGACGCGGACGCCCUCAAUAUUCAGCGGACUGCCAGAACGGACGCCAUUGCCGCCCUCCUCCUCGCUCCAUCUCCUCCUCCUCCUUGGCUUCAACUCCACUCCUCCUCGCAUGCUUGCUUUCCAAACCAAGGGAUAACAGAUAACAUAACCGCCGCCCGUCUACGCGCCCGCCUCCACGUACGCCGGCCGGCCCAUCCCAACUGCACCCAGCAACAGCUAGUGGAAGACGAAAGGGCUUGCUCGGUUGCUCCGUCCAUCAUCCAUGGGCAAGCUUAGCUGUAGGAGCCUCUGUGCCUGCUGCAUGGGCCCUCCGCGGGCGGCCUCGCCGGCCGGCGCGGCCGUCGACGCCACCGCCGGCGUCACGGUCAAGGUCACCGACAGAUAUGUCGAGAUAAAAAAUGGCAUCUUUGAGCUGACGCUGUCCAACCCGGACGGCAUCGUCACCGGCGUGCGCUACAAUGGUGUGGAUAAUCUCAUGGAGAUUCUUAACAAGGAAGACAACAGAGGGUACUGGGACCUUGUUUGGAACCCACCAGGACAGAAAACUGGCAUCUUUGAUGUGAUCAAAGGCACAGAAUUCCGCAUCAUAUACCAAGAUGAAAACCAGGCUGAGGUAUCCUUCACCAGGAAUUGGGAUCCUUCCCUUGAAGGAAAAGCUGUCCCCUUGAACAUCGAUAAGAGGUUCAUCGUUCUCCGUGGUUCAUCCGGGUUCUACACCUAUGGAAUCUAUGAGCAUAAGGAAGGAUGGCCUGAUUUCGGCUUGGGAGAGACAAGGGUGGCUUUCAAGCUGCGGAAAGACAAGUUUCAUUACAUGGCACUGGCUGACGACAGGCAGAGAAUUAUGCCAAUGCCUGACGACCGAUUGCCUCCCCGAGGCCAACCAUUAGCAUACCCUGAGGCUGUGCUCCUUGUGGACCCAAUAAAUCCUGAUCUCAGAGGGGAGGUUGACGACAAGUACCAGUACUCUUGCGAAGACCAGUACAACAAUGUCCAUGGGUGGAUGUCAUUCGAUCCUCCAAUUGGCUUCUGGCAGAUCACUCCGAGUGAUGAGUUCAGGACAGGAGGACCCCUGAAGCAAAAUUUGACUUCUCAUGUUGGCCCCACUAUGCUGGCUAUGUUUCUUAGUGCACAUUAUGCGGGGGAUGACCUCUCACCAAAGUUUACGAAUGGAGAAUACUGGAAAAAGGUCCAUGGACCGGUAUUCAUGUAUCUUAAUUCUAGUUGGGAUGGAAGUGACCCAACUAUGCUAUGGGAAGAUGCAAAAGUUCAGAUGAUGAUUGAGAAAGAAAACUGGCCAUACUGUUUUGCACUUUCAGAGGAUUUUCAGAAGACAGAGCAAAGGGGUUGCGUCUCUGGUAGAUUACUAGUCCGAGACAGGUAUAUAGAUGAUCAAGACCUUUAUGCCUCAGGAGCCUAUGUAGGCUUGGCGCUACCAGGAGAAGCUGGAUCCUGGCAAAGAGAGUGCAAGGGAUACCAAUUCUGGUGUAGAGCAGAUGUAGAUGGGAGCUUCUACAUAAGGAACAUUGUAACUGGGAAGUACAACCUGUAUGCGUGGGUUCCGGGUUUUAUAGGGGACUACAGAUUAGAUGCUACACUGACCAUAUCUUCAGGGGAUGAUAUUUAUUUGGGUGACCUUGUGUAUGAACCGCCAAGAGACGGGCCGACUAUGUGGGAGAUUGGAGUACCUGAUCGAUCUGCCGCUGAGUUUUAUGUUCCUGAUCCUAACCCCAACUAUGUCAAUAGAUUGUACAUCAACCAUCCUGCAGAUAGAUUUAGACAAUAUGGACUUUGGGAACGAUAUGCUGAACUAUACCCUAACAGUGACCUGGUAUACACAGUUGGCCAAAGUGACUAUACCACCGAUUGGUUCUAUGCUCAAGUUAACAGAAAACUUGAUGACAACACUUACCAGCCAACAACAUGGCAAAUAAAGUUCAACCUUGACAGUGUCAGUCCAAGCAGCACCUACAAGUUCAGAGUGGCUCUCGCGUCUUCUGCACUCGCUGAGCUGCAGGUUUUCUUCAACGAUCAGGACAAGGCUCGUCCUCACUUCGCCACUGGGCUGAUCGGCAGGGAGAACGCGAUAGCAAGGCACGGGAUCCACGGUCUCUACUGGCUGUUCAAUAUCGAUGUGGCUAGUGCUUGGCUUGUGCAAGGGGUGAACACCAUCUACCUGAAGCAGCCCAGGAGCCAGAGCCCGUUUCAGGGAUUGAUGUACGACUACUUGCGUUUGGAGGGGCCGUGUGGCUGCUAAUCUUUUGUGUGUGGAAUUGCGUUGCUAGAUGUAAAUUUAGAACUGCAUUCACUGUAUCAACCGAAUGCCACCACCAGUUUAAAACUGGCGCCAAUAACCAUGGCUUAUUUGUGGACA